AGAGAGAGAGAGAGAGAGAGAGAGAGAGUACGCACCCAAGCACAAAACUCCCACUCCCGUCAUGGUGAGCUUUUGAAGGUCGAAGCUGCUACUGCCUGCCCUGGUUAUGAGUGGAAAGAGCAGAAAAGUCAAUUUCGCUGUAGAAAGUUGACUCAUUCAGUUCCAAUCCCACUGAAGUGUGUGUGUGUGUGUGUGUGUGUAUAGGGAAGAGAAAGGCCGGUCCCUCCCUGCGUGUGGUUCAUUCAGCGCCGGAGCGUCAUGCAGGAGAGUCAUACAAUAGGUCUCGUCUUGGCGCCACUGGACAAUAAUUUCAGAACUAUUUGAUUCGUGCAGUUCAUCUGGGAAAUUUACAAAAAAAAAAGCUUUAUACUCUGCUGUGCUCGCUUCUCUGGGUGCGCCCCAACAUGCGCAGAGAAGCCUGAAGCCAUACCACGUCUCACUGCCACAAGAAGGGGCGGCACAAUGGUGUCGAGGCACCUCGCUGUUGCUGUGCUUCUUCUACUGGAGGUUCGUCCUGUCCCUGCCAAUCUCUUCGCACUGUCAGGUAGAGCUGAGGCCAGUCUUAUGAACAUCACCAAGGAAGCACCCGGAUGGCAGACUAAGAGCGACCAUGUGGAUGACAUCCUCCUGGGCAGGUCAAGACCCUUCGUGCCCUUCAACAGCUUGACCUUUUCUAAUGACUCUUCAUCCCCGUCCUCCUCAUUCACAUGGGUGCCCCCUAAUAUGGAGAGCAUAAGACAGAAAAUUGCCAACAGCAAACUGGCAGGCAAAAAGCCAGGCAAUCUCAAACCAGUGGCUGCAACACCAACACCUGCUGCGAUGACGAAGUCCACGCCUCCUCCGCGUCCCUCCUCGCUGAUAGGACUGACCAACUACUCUCGCCCCGAUAUGCCUCACCAAAGUUGGGAUAACAUGGGUAUUGUCGACCAGACUCACUUACCCUCUCCUCAAGCCACUCACAGCGUCUUCAGUAAUUCAGGCAUGAGGACACCUGCCAGUAUUGGAUCUAGCAGCAGCAAGCGGCCGCCGCCCACAACUACAGCGACGCCAACACUGUACACCUGGAGCACUGUUUCAGAUAACGAGGUGACGAAAACACCUCCACCCGUCAGGCCGCCUCACAUGUCCAUUCUCUACACCAUGAAGCCUUCCUCUUUCGCUGUUAGUCUGCCCUCAGUGGUUAUCGGUGUAGGGCGCCCAUCGUCACCUAGGCCAUUUUUCUCCGUCAGGCCUUCCUCCUCCCCAGCCAGACCCUCAUACGUGUCGUCAAGCCCUUCGAUUACGUUGCCUCUGUCCAUCACGCUCUCUCCACCAACCAGGGCCCCUCCACCACCAACCAGAGCCUCUCCUCCACCACCAACCAGGGCCUCUCCUCCACCACCAACCAGGGCCUCUCCUCCACCACCAACCAGGGCCCCUCCACCACUACCAACCAGGGCCCCUCCACCACUAACCAGGGCCCCUCCACCAUCAACAACCAGGGCCCCUCCUCCACUACCAACCAGACCUCCUUCUCCACCACCAACAACCAGGACCCCUCCUCCACCAACCACUAUCCCUCCUCCACCACCAACCAGAUUCUUUCCACCACCACCACCACCACCACCACCAACCAAAGUCCCUCCAGCACCACCAACCAGAGCCCCUCCACCAUCACUAACCAAACCACCACCACCACCGCCCAGACCCCGUCCACCACCAACCAGACGCUCAUCACCAUCAGCUAGACCUCCACCACCAUCAACCAGACUCCCUCCACCACCCAGACCCCGUCCAUCACCAAUCAGACCUUCACCACCACCAACCAGACUUCCACCACCAACACCGCCACCCAGACAACGUCCACCACCAACCACUCCUCCACUACCACCAACCAGACUCCCUCCACCACCACCACCAGCCAGACCCCUUCCACCAACUACUACCCCACCAGCAGUUGCAUCCACAUUACCCCCAAUCAGGCCAGCUUCCCAAGCCACACAGUCCCCAGCCCUCGUCCCUGCAGUCACGUGGUUUCCCCUGCCUCAGGUGUUCACUCUUCCCAGCACCACGCCACCGGUCUCCUAUGCACAGGGAAUUGUAACCUGGUUCCCCCCUUACACCAAACUCUCCCAGGCCAAUAGCAGCCACACGGCAGCCACUUCUGAACCAGGUUCAUUCUCUGUAGCCUCAUCCUUCCCCUCCACUCCUCCUGCACCAGUUUCGUUAAAAUUAAGCCAGCCUCCAGGAUCAAAAUACCAAGUUAGGCCUCAUGCGAGACCUGGAAGUCUGCGCCCCUCUAUCAUAACGUGGCGGCCGAGUUAUGAACCGAUUAUUGUCAAGCAGCCUUCCACCACAGCCCACAGUGGCGACCUCCUCGUCACCUUCACUCCCAGACCACACGGCGCCGUGCAGGAAGAUACAACACUCUCCCCGGCCACUUCCUCCUCCAAGCUGCCUCCAUUAAAAUCCUCUGCCGCCUCACUUGUCAACAACUAUCCAUUUAGAAUCAAGACGCAAUGGAACGCAUUCUCACACGGGUCAACGCCUCGCCCUCCCAUCAGGCUGACCGAGACUCCUGAGGCUGCCACACCAACACCUGCUUCCCUUGCCGUGUUGCAUGCCAGCGCUCAAACAGAGAUGCAAAACACAAAGAAAGAAGGCCCACAGACACAAAUCACUCAACCUUCGUCACACCCAUUACCAGGUGCGGUCACGAUCCCUCCUGGAGACAGUCAAGUUCUCCAGCAGGUCCUCAAGGACAUGACGGGUGAGGAGGAAACAGUCAUGGUGAAAAAAACUUCUUCCUCUCCACAAAUGACGCAGCGUCCGAGUGUGAGCUCCCGUCCACCCGCAGGAUUUCUGGCGGGAGGAUUUGUGGUGAAGAGGAAUGUGUCAGGCGUCACGAAUCAAGGAGUAGAGGUGCGGCCCGAAAAACAGGGUGCUGUGAAUUCUUUUAGUGGUAUAUCGUCUUUGUCGCGACCUACAUCAACACCAGUAGCCACCACCACCACCACCACCACCACUAAUGCUACUGCUCAAACCAGUCCAGCUGUAAAUCCUGAUUUAACUUUUCAGUCUUCCACUUCAGCAACUACAGCAACUAAUAGCCUCCCGUCCACUCCUUACUGGUACGCAUCCCCCUCCGGCGCCACUCAUCCACUGGCACCAUCCACCAAGCUGCCUCCUUUACACCACACCCACACACCGGUCUUUGCGUCACCAGGGGCCCCACAUCCUGGGAUCCCCGCGGGAGGUUACCAGAGCAUGCCACACCACCACCUCCACGCUCCGCCCACCGCUCAAGAAGGUAACGUCUUCUAUGACUUUGAGUACAACCUUUACGAUGACGAGUUAAGUGAGUACUACGCUGCUUACGAUACUGCCGGGGAUGAGCAUGGACACAACAUGACGGGCGUCGUGCCUCCUCCUCAGAGUUUUGGUAUUUCUCUGCCACAGUUUCCUAACCUUCAGAUCCUCACUUGGCCUUACACUGUUGCUCCAACUCCGACGCCUCAUUUGCCUCUCCAGACACCCUCUUCAAUCACUUCUGGACCAGACAUGGACGACUUUGACAUUGUGACUGAGACACAUUCUUACCAAGACGUCACCACUCCUCAAUAUCCUUCAAAGGCCACACCUCCACAGCCUCCAUGGCCACCUAUCCUUCCCUUUCUUCAUCACCCGCAUCCAGACUUGCUCCAGUCUUUUGCCUUAACCUCUAUGCCUUUUUAUUCUGACUCAAUAAACGGAUUCGAUGGUGACCAUCCCUCACAUUCAGAUCAGCUGCCAGGUGAUGGUGGUGGUGGCGGUGCCGGCCAUACCGGGCAUCACGACACAAUGGCGGCCCACCAACUAGCACUACCUUUACCACGUCCAUCACUUGGUGAAGCUUUAACCAGUGCAGCCGGUGCCGCUCAGUACCCUCAACAGUUGACCUCACUGGACACUGGUACCACUAAUGGACUCGGCGCCCUGCUGCAGUACCUCCCACAGGACUCUUUACUAGAUGUAAUAGACGCUAUACAGGACCAGACCAACAACGCCCCACACGUGCCACCCUCACAGCCUCUCCACCACAGCCCGCACACCAGCCCCGUCUCUGACUACAUCUUGCAGAGUUUCGGGAUCCUAGAUGUCCAUCACUCGACAGAGGUGCCUCCUUCCAUCCCUGCCAGUACUCCCCUGGUCACACGGCGUCCACCGACCAUCUAUGCUCCAGCCGUGACAAGUGGCGGGUUCCUGGGUCGUCCCAGGCCACAGGGGCACAAAGAAAUGCUGCCGCCCCCUCAUCUGAGCACCUUCCCCCCCUUCGAGCCUGCAUACUCCAGCUACCUCAACCAGAUCACCAACGAGGCGGCAGUGACUCCCCAUCUUCAUCCUGUCAGUAGCGUAACGGAAAAGACCACCACCACCACUUCCUCUUACUCACACGCAGUCGUCACCCCUAUACCAGCCUAUAUCCCCGUUUCGCCUCCUACUGUGCCUCCUGCUCUACCACACGGCCUCUCCACCUUGUCGAGUGCCACACCAAACGGGAAUGAAGCCAGUAGUGUUCGUGUGAAUGUUGCUGGCGGAAAUGGAGGUGGACGAGGCGGCAAUAAUAAUAAUAAUAAUAAUAAUAAUAAUAAUAAUAAUAAUAAUAAUAACAAUAAUCGCCGUAAUAGUAAUAAUAACAGAGGUAUUGAACCGGUGACGAGUCCUGUCUCCUUCACGCUGACAAACACUACAUCUUCCUCCCCGGUAGUCUCCAGCACACCACCACCACCACCACCUCCUCCUCCCUCAACACCCCUACCACUCUCUCCCUCUCCACUACCAUACACACCAUACAUUUCUUUCCUCCCUCCUUCUCACACAAACUUUUCAUCUAAUUACAUGUCUUCUCCCUAUCACCUCUCUCCCCUUCCUCCUCUGUACACCGGUCCCAUGUCGCCACCCUUGUCGCCCUCUCCAUUUGGCCUCUCAUACCACCCUUCAGUCGAUGCUAAUAUAUCUCCUUCUUUUAUAUUUCCUCCUCCUCCUCCUACUCCUCCUCUUCCAACUCUUGCUUCAACUACUAACGAAAACAAAAAAGUAACUCAUAAAUUACACACUUACGACAUUGCCUCUUCCGUCAUUCCCAGUCCAACAAUUGAAAGCAGUGAAGCGCCAGCAGCCCAUAACCUCCACGCCCCGCCCUUGUUGGUGAGGGUGUGGGGGCUGGUGGAAGGGCGGCCUGUCCUGGUGGAUCAAGUGCCGGUGCGUGAGCCCGUGUUUCCGUCGUCUUCUUCCCCCCUUGGUGUCGAGGCGUAUGCUAAAUUGCUGCCCGGACUGCUCACCGAGGCAGUUGCGGAUGUAAGAAAUUCCGCUUUUCCCCGUUCUGCCCGUCGUGCCAAACGCUUUGUUCCUGACAGCUGCUGCCCUCCUCUGGCUUCAGCUGGAUGGCAACAGCGUGAUGGGGCACAGCCAACACAGCUCUCAAAGCCUCCGUCUUCUCCUCUGACGGACAGUUUCAGCACGACUCGCGUGAUCGAUCUGUUGGUUCCCUCUCGUGGCCUCGCCAGUAGUGACCCGCAUGCCAACAGAGGGAAAAGUGCCUCAGUUUUCAGUAUUCGAUAUCCAGUGAAUUUAGAUUUCCAAGGAAAGCCGACAUCAGGUUUGAUGGCACUGCUUUCAUCAUCUGAGACACCACCAAGGCUUACAGAGGUCAGGACCACGAUGAGGUCACCAGCAACACUCCUACAACAGUCUGUACCCAAAGGUGGAAAAAAUAAGUCUCAAAGGUUCUACGCCCCUUCCAGUAGCCCUAGCAGAUGGCCUCAAAAGACUGACAUCUCACCAGUUAUAUACUUCGGAGGUGUUGGCAACCCCACGUAUAACCAUCUGCCGCUGUCGGUGGGAAUGAAAAUAAAGGAGGGAGAGCUCGCCCGCCUCCAACUCCUUGCCCACGUAACGGACUACUUAAAAAAUUCUCACUCUCCAAAUUAUUCUUCCUUCCAGUCAGCCUCAGCCAUUCCUGUCAGCGGCGGCCAGCACUUUGGCGGCCCCAGAGAUGACAGUCCUUCUGAACAUUCUUGGGUUAGUGCAGUGCACCCACUGCCCGGAAACGCUGCUUACCACGAAUCAACCUCCAAGUUGUUUUCGGAGGGCCUGACAGACGUAAAUUCAUUGUUGUCUAACAUGAUUGGCAGUUCUCGCCGUCAACCCUUCCACUCUCAUCCCUUACCAGCAGCGCUGCCCACCCUCAACACCUUGUGGGAAGGUCUCCAGCGCCAUGCGAUGACCAGUGCCAAGGUACCUCCGGACUACCAAAGUAAUCAGGGUCUUCCUAGUCACAGACACCCUUCUGCCCAUAAUUCUGUGUUGAGUUACCGAGACCCACAUCCCGGGCACUUCAAGCCCGCCGUUCCCCUCGGCCAGUUUUCAAUCCAUCCUUCAUCUUCCAGCAGUUUCAGAACCACAAAUCUCCAGGACCUUGACAUUUUGCGUGGGCAAAUGACACAAUCAUACAUACAUACAUACAUUCACUAGCCCAUCAGAACACGGACGGGGAUCUGCCUUGCCAGCGAAGGGGACGAGGUAAGAUGCUUUGGGAACUUUGCAUGUGCCAGCUCACGGUAUAGCGGCCAACGCGCACACACACACGCACGCACACACACACACACACACACACACACACACACACACACACACACACACACACACACACACACACACACACACACACACACACAUCCCAUGGGAUGAUCACCUGCACUGAGCAGAACUCUAGAGACCUUGUGAUAGAAAAAGACACAGCAGUCAACUAUACAAGUAACUUUGUCCACAAUGCACAGCCUGAGUAGCAACAGGAAAAUUUGCACUUCAGAGGAGGAGAAGUGUUACAACAUCUGUAGAUUUUGCUUUUUUCAUGCAUGAAUGAAAUAUCAGAAUUUCGUUCGUAAUUCACUGAAGUCACGUUUCAGUAAGGCGAAGAUAAUUACGGGAGGAUUUUAAAGAUUUCAUAUGCAUGACAUUCAGCGGAUUUCUGUUCAAAGGUGAGAAUUUUAUUUGCAUUUCUUUUAAAAUUCUCAAGAUUAUAAGCUGGAGUAUUGCGUUAAUACCGUUAUUGAUUUAUUACGAGCAUUCAUCUCCCUGGUACAGAAAAAAAAUAAUCAUAAUCAGAAAAGAAAAUAG